AUGCCUUUUAGUUUAACCAAUGCUCCUGCUUCCUUUAUGGACUUGAUGAAUCGAGUCUUCCGUGAAUUUUUAGACCAUUUCGUGGUCGUCUUUGUGGACAAUAUCUUGAUUUAUUUGACCUCCAAGGAAGAACAUGAGGAACAUUUGCGAAUAGUGUUUGACUCUCUUAGGUGCACCAAUUUGGCGGAAAAUCAUCGGACCACAAAAUCAGAGAAGUUGCUUCUGACGCAACACGCCGAGAAGCACUUCACGGUGGGCGAGAUCGUCCGCGACAUCAUCAUCGGCAUCUCUGACAGCCUCACCGUCCUCUUCGCUCUCGCCGCCGGUCUCUCCGGUGCAAACGCUUCCUCCUCCAUCAUCAUCACCGCCGGCAUCGCCGAGGUUGCCGCCGGCGCAAUCUCCAUGGGAUUUGGCGAUGGUUUCAACGUCAUCGACGCCACAUUCAGUCGGUCUGAUGUUCUUCUUCGAUUUGAGGGAUUUGAGGGAAGAACAUCACUAUCCGACAUUCAAGAACAUCAAUGUGUUGAAGAACAUCACAGAUCCGAUAUUCGAUCCGAUUUGAGGGAAGAACAUCACUGUGUUGAAGAUUUCGAUCGAAUAUCACACAUCCGAUAUUCAAGAACAUUCAAGAACAUCACUGUGUUGAAGAACAUCACAGAUCCGACAUUCAAGAACAUCAAUGUGUUGAAGAACAUCACAGAUCCGAUAUUCGAUCCGAUUUGA